CGGCUACUGUAGAUGCAAUGCAUGACGGGACAUUCCAAUAUGGCGCCGCCCGUGCCGCUACAGUGAGGCGGGUUCCGUGCUGCUUUUCAAGAAAUUGUUCGACACAGGCCCCGGGAUGGAGCUGCACACCCCGGCCCUGGGACUAGUCGGGGAGGAUGAAGAAACCGAUUUGAGCGAUUGGAAUUUGCCGUCUGCGUUCAUGAAGAAGCGGCAUUGUGAGAAGAUCGAAGGCUGCAAGUCACUUGCACAGAGUUGGAGGAUGAAAGAUCGGAUGAAGACAGUGAGUGUGGCUCUGGUGCUGUGCUUAAAUGUAGGAGUGGAUCCCCCAGAUGUAGUUAAGACCACGCCAUGUGCUCGCUUGGAGUGCUGGAUUGAUCCACUGGCUAUGGGUCCACAGAAAGCCCUGGAAACCAUUGGGGCAAACUUACAAAAGCAGUAUGAAACCUGGCAACCACGGGCUCGGUACAAACAGAGUCUGGAUCCAACUGUGGAUGAGGUUAAAAAACUCUGCACUUCGCUGAGAAGGAAUGCCAAGGAGGAAAGGGUGCUGUUCCAUUAUAAUGGACAUGGGGUUCCCCGACCUACAGUCAACGGGGAAAUCUGGGUCUUUAAUAAGAAUUACACGCAGUAUAUUCCUCUUUCUAUAUAUGACCUACAGACCUGGAUGGGAAGCCCAUCUAUCUUUGUAUAUGACUGCUCAAAUGCCGGCCUCAUUGUCAAGUCUUUCAAGCAAUUUGCACUACAGAGAGAGCAAGAGCUUGAGGUUGCUGCUAUUAACCCAAGCCACCCAUUAGCACAGAUGCCAUUGCCACCAUCAAUGAAGAAUUGCAUCCAGUUGGCAGCUUGUGAUGCAGCUGAACUUUUGCCUAUGAACCCCGACCUUCCUGCUGACCUUUUCACUUCUUGCUUGACCACACCUAUUAAGAUUGCCCUGAGAUGGUUUUGUAUGCAGAAAAGUGUGCGAUUGGUGCCUGGUGUUACUCUGGAUCUUAUAGAGAAAAUUCCUGGGCGAUUAAAUGAUAGGAGGACACCACUGGGAGAGCUGAACUGGAUCUUUACAGCAAUCACAGAUACUAUAGCAUGGAACGUUCUGCCUAGAGACCUAUUUCAGAAGCUCUUUAGACAGGACCUAUUAGUUGCCAGUCUCUUCCGGAACUUUCUUCUGGCCGAGAGGAUCAUGAGAUCAUACAAUUGCAGCCCAGUGAGCAGCCCUCGUUUGCCACCCACCUACAUGCAUGCUAUGUGGCAGGCAUGGGAUCUUGCUGUCGAUAUAUGUCUUUCUCAGCUACCCACCAUUAUUGAGGAGGGAACUGCUUUCCGGCACAGCCCUUUCUUUGCUGAGCAGCUGACUGCAUUUCAGGUGUGGCUGACUAUGGGUGUUGAGAACAGAAACCCCCCAGAACAGUUGCCCAUUGUGCUGCAGGUUUUGCUGAGCCAGGUUCAUAGACUCCGUGCCUUGGACCUCUUGGGAAGAUUCUUGGAUCUGGGUCCCUGGGCUGUCAGUCUGGCCCUUUCUGUUGGUAUUUUCCCUUAUGUGCUAAAGCUGCUCCAAAGCUCAGCUCGGGAACUCCGGCCACUGCUUGUCUUUAUUUGGGCCAAGAUCCUUGCUGUUGAUAGUUCGUGCCAAGCAGACUUAGUAAAAGAUAAUGGCCAUAAAUAUUUUCUUUCUGUUCUGGCGGAUCCAUAUAUGCCGGCUGAGCACCGUACAAUGACCUCCUUCAUUUUAGCAGUAAUUGUUAACAAUUAUAACACUGGCCAGGAAGCCUGCCUCCAAGGAAACCUGAUCGCUAUCUGCUUGGAGCAGCUAAAUGAUCCACACCCUCUCCUACGCCAAUGGGUUGCUAUCUGCCUGGGACGCAUCUGGCAGAAUUUUGAUGCUGCACGUUGGUGUGGGGUACGUGAUAGCGCCCAUGAGAAGCUGUACAGCCUCUUGUCUGACCCCAUGCCAGAGGUCCGUAGUUCUGCAGUUUUUGCCCUUGGCACCUUUGUUGGGAAUUCAGCUGAGAGAACAGAUCACUCUACAACAAUAGAUCACAAUGUUGCAAUGAUGUUAGCACAGCUUAUCAAUGAUGGGAGUCCUAUGGUGCGCAAGGAGCUUGUUGUAGCUCUUAGUCAUCUGGUUGUGCAGUAUGAAAGUAACUUCUGUACAGUUGCCCUCCAGUUUAUGGAGGAAGAGAAGAAUUACCCCCUGCCCUCGCCAGCUUCCACAGAGGGAGGCAGUUUGACACCAAUACGAGAUAGCCCUGGAACGCCCCGCUUGAGAUCUGUGAGCUCCUACGGUAAUAUCCGGGCAGUGACAACUCCAAGAAACUUGAACAAGUCUCUGCAGAAUCUAAGCCUGAGUGAAGAGAGUAAGACUGCUGGGAGUGCCAUUACAUUUUCUCCUGGGAAUCUAAGUACAAGUAGUAGCGCAAGCAGUACGUUAGGAAGCCCAGAUAAUGAAGAGUACAUCUUGUCCUUUGAGACCAUUGAUAAGAUGAGGCGUGUCAGUUCUUACUCCUCUCUCAAUUCCCUCAUAGGUGUCUCGUUCAAUAGUGUCUACACUCAAAUUUGGAGAGUGCUUCUCCACCUUGCUGCUGACCCAUACCCUGAAGUCUCGGACCUUGCAAUGAAAGUGCUAAACAGCAUUGCUCAUAAGGCUACAGUGAAUGCUCGCCCACAGCGGAUCCUCGAUGCCUCCUCACUCACGCAGUCUGCUCCCGCCAGUCCCACCAACAAAGGGAUGCACAUUCACCAAGUGGGUGGUUCCCCUCCGACUCCCAGUGCCAGCAGUUCCAGUCUCACCAACGAUGUAACGAAACCACCUGUUAGUAGGGAUAUUCCCUCUAAUCGACCUGCCAAUGCUGGGGGCAAUGUUGGGGUGCAGUACACGCCUCAUUCCCACCAGUUUCCUCGUACAAGGAAAAUGUUCGACAAAGGACCAGACCAGCCUGGAGAUGAUGGAGAUGAAGCCAUUGUACACAAGAACUUCACUGUAGGAUCUUUUCAGACAGGCUUUUGUGAUUGGAGUGCCAAAUAUUUUGCCCAGCCAGUCAUGAAGAUGCCAGAGGAACAUGACAUGGAGAGUCAGGUACGUAAAGAACGAGAGUGGCGAUUUCUACGAAAUACAAGGGUACGGAAACAGGCCCAGCGCCUUAUACAGAAAGGAAUCUCAAGACUCGAUGACCAGAUCUUUAUCAACCGGAAUCCAGGAGUUCCUUCUGUUGUGAAGUUCCAUCCUUUUACCUCAAGCAUUGCUGUAGCAGACAAGGACAGCAUUUGUUUCUGGGACUGGGAGAAAGGAGAGAAGCUGGAUUACUUUCACAAUGGUAACCCUCGUUAUACUCGUAUAACAGCAGUCGAAUAUCUGAAUGGCCAAGAUUGCUCUUUGCUGCUUACUGCUACAGAUGAUGGAGCCAUCCGCGUGUGGAAGAACUUUGCUGACUUAGAGAAAAAUCCAGAGAUGGUGACAGCUUGGCAGGGACUGUCCGAUAUGCUGCCGACCACACGAGGCCUGGCUCGAAGAGUUUCCAUUUAUCUUGACAGGAGUAAACAGGGGGGGGCUGGCAUGGUGGUGGAUUGGGAGCAAGAAACAGGUCUACUCAUCACAUCUGGAGACGUGCGAAUUAUCCGGCUAUGGGACACAGACAGAGAGACAAAAGUGCAGGAUAUACCCACUGGAGCAGACAGUUGUGUGACCAGCCUGUCAUGUGACUCUCAUCGUUCCCUUAUUGUGGCUGGACUCGGAGAUGGUUCAGUGCGAGUGUUUGAUCGCAGGAUGGCACUGAAUGAAUGCCGUGUAAUGACGUACCGAGAGCACUCAGCCUGGGUAGUAAAGACUUCUCUCCAAAAGCAGUCCGAUGGGAAUAUUGUGAGCGUCAGUGUAAAUGGAGAUAUCCGUUACUUCGACCCUCGUAUGCCAGAAUGUUUAAACUCACUGCAGAUUGUGAAGGGUCUUACUGCGUUGGAUAUCCACCCACAGGCUAACCUGUUUGCAUGUGGUUCAAUGAACCAGUUCAUCGCUAUUUACAAUGGAAAUGGAGAGCUGAUCAGCAACAUAAAGUACUACGAUGGAUUUAUGGGACAAAGAAUAGGAGCCAUUAGCUGCCUGGCCUUUCAUCCUUACUGGCCCCACCUGGCCGUUGGCAGUAAUGACUAUUAUAUGUCUAUUUACUCAGUGGAGAAGCGAGCGAGAUAGCUGUUUGAAGGAGGUUUCCUCUAGGUCUUCGUCUCUUGCUGUGUAUAUAAGCGAACCAUGGCCUCGAGUGAUUUCAUUGCUGCUUCUCAAAAAAUGAAGAAAACUACUUUGAAUGGACUAAGCUAAUGAACCAAUGAAAUGACAAUACAAGGCUUUUUUACUGCCUGUCUGCUGCCUCAUUUCAAUGCAAAAUUACAAUUUAUCUCUGAGGUGGUGAGGGCAUUAAAACAUUUGCUAUGCUCUUGAAUUUGGAAUGAAACACAUUAGGCUUUAGCUGUGAUUCCAUAGUUUAAAUCCCUUCCUUUCAUGCUGCAUGGACAGCUGAUCCGCUGUCUCCUGUUUUGAAGACAUCUCAUGUUUUGACAAGACUCUUUAGAAUGGUUAUCUCCUACUUGGAAAAGACUGGGCCCUGCUUCAACCUAUGAGGCCAAAUAAUUCCGUCCUCAACAGGUGCAACCAAUUGCGUUUCUUUAUGCAGACCUCCUGUAAUAGUAAACCAAUCAAACAAAAGAUAGGAGUUAAAUCUCUGGUGUUUAAUGUUUGGCUAUUUUGCAGAUCAUUUUCAUGUUGGCCAUCCUCUACGUUGACUAGGACGUUACUUGCAGCACUUAUUUGCUCUUCACCCCAUGUAGCUACAGAAAUAGGUGAACAUUUUUUUAACGGGCAAAUUAUUUAUUUUAUCCUAAAGAGAAGUAUUUCAGUAACAUUUACUAUAAAGGGAGAAAUCGUGCAAUUCUUAUUUUUUAAAUAUGCUAUUGGAAUUUCCAUUUCUCCUGGUAAAAAUUCCACAGUCACAUAAAGCCCAGAGAUCUGCAGAGUGUGCUUUGGUGUUUCCAAAAGUGGAAUAAAUUCUUUCUCAUUCAAUAUUGUUAGCAAUAAGACACAUUUUAUUCAAAUUCUGGUUACUUUAUAGAACGUCAGUACGUUGUGGGGCAUUUCUAUAUCUAUGAUUGACAGUAAAAUGUUGAAUAAUUUUGUCAUCCAUUGCUAGAAACCUUAUAAAUGAACGAUCUAUGCGCCAAUGCAGGAUAGAUGUAAGAAAGUCUCAUAACCUGUGUGGUGGAAAUGGCAUGUAAUAGAGCCGGCGCUUAACCCUUGUCAGCACAGUCAUUCUUUUUACUGCUCAGUUCAUUCACAGAAUUCUUGUUUAUAAGAUAUAUAUAUAUAAAUAUAUAUAUAUAUAUGUAUGUGUGUGUGCAUGUCAGUGCUAUGUACUGACACAAAUACAAUGGAAAGCAUAUACCCCAUUUAGGCAACAGGGACCAGGUGCCAUGUAUAACUAAACUCUCUGUUGCAGGUUGGGGUAUUGAUGUUUACACUAUUUUAACUCAGAAUAUGUGGUUUUAAAAGAAGGGAAAGGAGGGUUUUCCGAAUUUCUGCUUUUAGCAUCUUCCCAUAGAGAGUUUAAUGGCAGCGUUUUUUCCUGCUAUAUAAGAUGUUGAACAGAAGGAUGUACAAUUCUCUAGUACUUAGGGAGGGGGUGCCCAUAGGAAAACCCUUAAAUGGCAGUCUUCUAUCACUGAACUAAACAAAUUGCUGACCAAUUCUGUUAACACCACAAGCAGAGGAGAGGUUGUGGCAUCCUCUGUGUGCAUACAGGAAUCUGGAGUGCUUUAUUAAAUAUGAAUAAACCCGAA